UCAUGGAAGAAGAAAAAGGUAUUCGAUUUGCUAAAAAUUUACCAUACGUAGUUGGAAAUGUUUUUAAAAUGCUUUUUGAAUUUCCUACUGCUUUAGUUAUUUCAGAUGAUGGUUAAAAGUAUGAUGAAUAAAUUAUUCAACAGAAUAUUAUAUGAAAAUGAAGAAAAUUUGGUAUAUGUAGACAGUGAUUCAGGAAAAACAAUUAGAAAUCUACAUUUGUUUACUAAGUUUAUUGGUUUUAUAGAUUUGAAUAAAACUAAGUAUUUCUUUUAAAAAUUUAGUGAUAAAGCAUUAGUGGGUUCAGCUGAUAAUUUGGCAAAGAUAGUGGAUCUGAAGACCGGAUAAUGCUUACAUGAAUUAAAGGGUCAUUAAGGAUUAGUAUCUCUUGGAGGAUUUAAUCCAUAAUCAACAAUAGCAGCUACAGCAUGUUAGAAUAUGAAAAUAAAGAUUUGGGAUGUUGAAUCAGGAAAACUAAAUUUUGAAUUUGCAUAACAUAAAUAAACACCUACAUAUCUUUCAUAUAAUCCAGAUGGGGAUAGACUAUUAACAUGUAGUUAUGAAAAUGAAGCACUUGUAUAUAAAAAUUAAUAAUAUAAUAAGAUUUGGAAUGCCAAUGAUGGUUAAAUAGUUUGUAAAUUAUCAAAACAUACAAGAGGUUUAGAAGUAGCUAAAUUUGCAUCUUCUGGAUAUAUAUGUGCCACAGGAUCACAUGAUAAGUUUAAUAAUAUAUUUAAUUAAUUUUAGUAAAGCAAAUGUUUGGGAUAUCAGGAAUCCAGAAUAGCCACUAUUCACCUUAGAAGGACAUUAAAAAUAUGUCAAAGAAUUAGCAUUUAAUAAAUAAGGUAUUAAUUUUAUAUUUUAAUCUUUAGAAACAUAAAUUGUGACUGGCUCUGAUGAUAAUACAGGUAGAAUCUAUAAUUUGUAAGAUGGCAAAUUUGUUGGAGAAUUAGCAAAUUUUCCAGGUUAGAUUUAUGCAAUAUCAUUUAAUGAAGCUGGAGAUAAAAUUAUUGGAGCUAGUAAUAGUAAGACUGUUUAAAUUUUGUAAUUUUAUUGAUUUAACAUAAUUAGUGAUAAUUAAGGAACCUGUUUAUAACAAAUUACAGGAGAAGGGAAUGUUUAUAUCAAUAAAACUGGAAAUACUUUUGUUACUAUGCCUAAAUCAAUUGAUUCAUAAGCAAAGGUUUGGAGAGAAGCAAGAGUUUAUAAACAUUGAUAU